AGCGGAAAGCCGGUCGAUAACAUCCUCCGAAUCCCAUCUUCUGUUUUCUUCUAUUCUACUACUAUCUUCCCCCGCUGCCGUUGCCGGCGGAAGAAGCCAAUCGACGCGAUCCCCGCCUCCGACGCCAAGCCCAACCCCGCAGCCCGGAGCCGCGUCCUCUCCUCUCCAUCCCCGUACCACGAGGAGACGAUCCCAUAGGCGACGGCGCGGUCCCUCCGAUCCAAGCACGCGGUUUUGUUCCUACUAUAACCUCUAGAUGAUUCCAUGGGAACUCCAAAUGAAAUGAUGGCAUACUCUUCCCUGUCCAAAAUGGACACCGGCCAGAAGGGAGCUGCUCUGUCCAAUGUAGUUGCUGGAAACAACUAUCCGGUUCAGGAUUAUCUUUAUGAGCCAGCAUAUGAACCAGACUUCCCAGAGUAUGAUUCAAGAGAUGACCCGUUUGCUCCAACACAAGCUAGUCCAAAAGUCAAUCUGAAGACUGUUCUAGGUGGGCUGGUUUCGAUUGUCACGGGUGUAAACAAGAGUGAGGAUGACGCAUCGCAGCAGGAAGGUUUCAGCACAGACAUAUCAUUCCUUGGAUCUGACAAGAAUGGUGAUGUCAAUGUGCACCCUUCCGUCUGUGUUCCAAGUGCCCCACCACUACUUGAAGCGAAUGCUUUACAAUAUAGUGCAUACAGGGAGGUGUUGCUAGCAGAUCCACCAGAAUGGUUGCCAGAUAGCUCUGCAAAUGCGUGCCUGCAUUGCAACUUGCCUUUCACGGCUCUGACUCGUGGUAGGCACCAUUGUCGGUUCUGUGGAGGUAUAUUCUGCAAAAACUGUUCAAAGGGGAGAUGUUUGAUGCCCAUGAAAUUCAGGAUUCGUGAUCCUCAGAGAGUUUGUGAUGCUUGCUAUGAGAGGCUUGAUCCACUUCAGGGCUUAUUGAUCAACUACAAUAGUAACUGCAUGCAGCAAGCAAAACACGAUGUCAUGGACUGGACAAGCACUAGAAGCUGGUUGAACAUGCCUGUAGGUGUAUCAAUGGAGUACGAGAUAUACAAGGCUACAAACACAAUGAAGAAAUAUUGUCAGAUUGCUAGAUUAAACCCUGAGAAGUCCAUACCAUCAUCUAUUCUCAAGGGAGCGAAGGGACUUGCAAUUCUAACAGUUGCCAAGGCAGGUGCAGUUCUUACAUACAAAGUUGGCACUGGUCUUGUGGUUGCUCGCAGAUCAGAUGGAUCAUGGUCUGCUCCCUCUGCAAUUUUAUCUGUUGGCCUGGGAUGGGGAGUGCAGAUUGGAGGAGAGCUGACAGACUUUAUCAUUGUGCUUCAUGACCGUAAAGCUGUCAAGGCUUUCAGCAGUCGCAUUCAUCUUUCACUUGGGGCAGGAUUGAGUGCUGCAGCAGGACCCAUUGGCAGAGCCUUUGAGGCAGACGUUCGGGCCAGUGACAAAGGUUCUGGGAUAUGCUACACUUACAGCUGCAGCAAAGGUGCCUUUGUUGGGGUUUCACUGGAAGGGAAUGUGGUGACAACCAGAAUGGAGACCAAUCUACGCUUCUACGGAGAUGCAUACCUGACGGCAACCGAUAUCCUGUUUGGGAGGGUGGAGCGGCCCCGAGCUGCCCAGCCCUUGUACUCAGCUCUAGAUGAUCUGUUCUCCAAAAUGGUUAGGUAGGCCAUUUAGAUUGGUGUGGUACUAUGCUGCAUUGGUGGUAUGCAGUCAUGUAUAUAAACAUAAAGUAGCAGCAAAAAUUCUAACAAAAAAGGAAAUAUGGCAGGGAAAAAAUGUACAGCUUUUGUUUGAUGGUUUCAGUACUGAUGUCAGUCUACACAUGUAAAUAUUGGCAGAAUAUUUAGUACGCUGCAGUGUGCCGCUGGUGGACUCAUUCAUGCAAUGGAAGAUUGAUACAUUUAUUGGUUACA